CGCCCGUCGCAGCCCGCCACGCCGCGGCACGGGCGGCAGCCGCUCCGCUUGCUGCGGACCGGGGCCAUCCCGGCCCUCCGCCUCGGAGCCGGUGCGGGGCGGCGAGUCAUCGGCUGGUGCCGGCUGCCCCCCGACCCCAGCCCCUGCGGGCGGAGGCCGCUGGCCCCGCCGGCCCAUGCGAGAAGGAUGCUGGAGAGCGGCUGCAAAGCGGUGAAGGAGGGCGUGCUGGAGAAGAGGAGCGACGGGCUCCUGCAGCUCUGGAAGAAGAAGCGCUGCAUCCUCACCGAGGAGGGGCUGCUCCUCAUCCCCCCCAAGCAGCAGCCGCCGUCGCCACCGCAGCAGCAGCAGCCGCUGCCGGCCGAGCCGGCGGCCAAGAUCAAGGAGCUGCACUUCUCCAACAUGAAGACGGUGGACUGCGUGGAGCGGAAGGGCAAGUAUGUAUACUUCACGGUGGUGAUGGCCGAAGGGAAGGAGAUCGACUUUCGGUGCGCGCAGGAGCAGGGCUGGAACGCGGCGAUCACGCUGCAGAUGGUGCAGUACAAGAACCGCCAGGCCAUCCUGGCCGUGCGCUCCACCCGCCAGAAGCAGCAGCACCUGGGGCAGCCCCACGGCCCGCGCCUCCGCACCGCAUCCAACUCCGCAUAGGGCAGGUGAAGUUACCGAAGCGCUUCGGGAAAGCGGGACUGAGCGCCUUGCUUGCGGGACUUACUUCGGUUGGUCAAAACGGGGCAAACGCCAGAGAUGCAGGUAGACCGGAGAGAAGCAGCUCAACAACCUGGACCCCAGCUAAGCUGCUGCUGCUGCUGCUUUGCCGCCCUCGGUGCCGAGAAACAUUUCAAAUCUGUUAUUUAUGAACCUUGGAAAGGAUCCGUUGGCGUGAUGGGACUUCUAGGAGACAUGAUGUACUGUAACUUUAUUUUAAUGUAUUUUAUUUUAUUUAUUAGGGUUGUUUGUUUUUGAUUAUUAUUUUUUUUAAGGCUUGUUUGCAAGACAUUUCUGAAUGUAGGUCAUGUCCAAAAAGCAAAGGAAAAAAAACUAUUUGUACGUUAGCUCCCUAAAGAAACAGAAACGUUCUGGGCUGUUUGGCUGUGUGCAAUUUGACAAAAUAGUGGUUUUUUUGCCUGAAAUGUGCUUUGUUACACUAACAUGGAAAACGCAACGCGUGGUUUGGAAUUUCACUGAAACCCAUCCUGCAUACAAACCCUCUUCUUUUUAGUGAGAAUAUCAAUUGCGGUUUGGGUUCUAAAUUAUUUUCUUUUGAAGUCUGCACACAGUGUAAGACAAUAAAAUCUUACACACUCAUUCGGAAAAGCAACAUUGAUUGCUAUUCUGAGAUUCAAACCCCGGUGUGUGUUAAAUGUGUGAGCGGAGGGGAAUCUGACCAACCUCCUUUGUGAGGCAGGAGUCACAGCUGGAUUCCAGUUACCCCUUUGAUGGGCCUGCUCCCAGGCUGGAGCUGAGAAGCAUUUAUGAGCAUUUCUUAGUGCCCCAAGUUCAGGGCUCCCCCUGCACGGUUCAUGUGUGAGCGGUCUGGGCUCUCGACCUUUGUUGUAUUUCCCUUGGCAGUUUUUAAGUGUCUUGCAUUAAAGUAGUCCCUACUUUAAAAUCCAUUUUAUCUACAUCUUAGUGUGCAAAUGGAUUAUUUUGGUAACAGUUUGCAUAAGCUGAAAGUUGCUCUCUAGCUGAGAUAAACUAGAUUAAUUUUGGUGUGCAGCGCUGUCAGAUGUUGAGAGAGGCUGCGAUCUCGCCUCUAAAAAUGUUGACGAAGCCGUGAAGUUGGAAAACAAAGGGCUAAUUGCACAGCUGGUGUGUCUUCCUCUGCCUUUUAGAAGUCAGUGGGAGUUUGGCCGUGGAUGCUGCCGAGAGCGGGUUAGAACAGUUCGCCCCAGUGCUGGUGAGGGAGCCAGGCACAGGCUGGUGUGUGCUUUUUAGGAUGAGGCCCUUUGGGCAGGGAGUGAUUUCACCUUGUGUGCUGCUGCAGCCCAGGCUCUCUGGUUUCAAUGAAGUGGGAUGCAGCAAUGCGGCCCGUUAUCUCUGGUUCAAGGUAAAAAGCUGCAGCCAUGGAGCUGAUUUGUUUUAACUAGCAUGGUGAAGAAAACGGCUUUUGACCCCUUUACAAGUUACAUGAAUGUAUACAAAACCCUUUAAAGCCUCACAUCCAGGACUUUUCUGUUUGUGUAACUGAGGUGUAGCUUGACUGUUAAAAGCUCCACGUUCUUGGUUCAAGCUGUUUCUGUAAGUGUUUAAAGCAAAAGACUGAAGUGACACUCAAAGGAAGAUCUCAGAAUUGGCUGCUGUACAGAAUGGUCCCUUCCUCUGCACCCUGAGCUUAAUCUCAGUCCUGUGAGGAGUAAGUCGAGAUGUCUUUCAGGCCCUCCUCUUUUUUUCCUGGUCCCCAGGUGUUGGGGUCACAUAUCCAGAAGUGCACACAUGUAAUGGUGCAGAAUUAAAGCCUAGACAUUGGUAGUCCUCUAUGGUUACUCCCCAGUGCUUCUUUCUUGACAAGGUUGUGUGAUGAGCUGGGGGUGAUGAAUUGCAGGAGUCCUAACAAAGUUAUUACUUUGAGACUAAUUGAAAUCGAAGGUGCCCUGCAUCUUCGAGGAUUAGAUUCACUGUCUUGGCAAUCAUAAUAGCCAAUUUCCACAUCUCUGUACAUUUGUCAUUACCAUUCUGCUAAUGCCUGGAUGUUAGAACUGCAAGGGGAUUUUCUAAUGAGCUAGUGAAAGACUCACAAAAUAGACUGUAAUUUGUAAUUUGGCUCCUCUCUUUAGAGUCAUUAAUUACAGUGUACUGAGUAACUAAUCCACCUUUUCAGAUACACAGAUGUAUCACUGAUAUCUCACCUACUAAAAGAUGUUUUAGCCUAUUGAAGGAUAAAUGUAAUUGAUGAAAAUUAAUAGCUAUGUGAUAAGAGAGACACAUAUUGGUCUUGGAGAGGCAGAUAUUCCUGUCCUCGGUGCAUGCAAACCCCUGAAUGCCAUAAAAGUCUAUGGAUCUGGUCUAAAGCUGAAAUUUUGCUGCUCCUCUGGAAGAACUUGUACUUUGAAAGUGAAAGGGAAUGAUUUUAAUGUUAUAACUGACAUUAAGGUUUGAGAAAACAGCUUUAAUUUUGAAUUUGCUGCUCUUUUUCAUUGGUUCAAAAUCAGCGUCCCACUUUCACCUGGUGUUUCUUGUUUUAAGUUGGUCUGAAAGAUGCUUUUGCCGUUUGAACUUAUAUAGUUCACCAACAAACUGUUGCCAGUCACCACUGCAUGCUGUGUUUCUUACCUUUUUACAAAUGUUGGUGACAGUGAAACUCUUACUGUGAGAGAUGGUCACAUCACAAAAUCCGUCUUGAGCUGUUCCUGUGUCUGCAGUCUGAGCUGGUGCGAUGGGUGUCAGGAUCAAACCCCCCACCUUGGGCCUCCAGAUUUGUCUCCUGAAGACCAAAUGGGAACAAAUUGGCAGGGGUCCCCUGGGGACAGUCGGACCAUGUGGCUCAUGCCGUGUCAGUAUAAAUAAGGCUAAAUUGUCUGACAUGGACAAUCCGACAACUUUCUCACGCUCUAAAUUCCAUGGGCUUUUUUGUUUUGGUUUGGGGUUUUUUGACUGAUAGUAAUUUUAGCCCAAGAAAUUGUUUGAUGUUAUAAAUAAAGUAGUUCUGAGCUUAUUUUUGGCUUGCUGCUUUACUACUGCAUAGUCUUCACUGGAGCUACUUGGUUAAAUUCUGUCUGCCACUGCCUUUUAAGCAAUGGCUAUGGAAGUAGGUCCAGCAGAUCAUGCUCCAUCUUAUUGGAGCUUUACAAGUAAAGAAAUCAGGUUGUUCUUCCGCUUACCAAAAAGACCCCACAAACAACAACAACAACAACAAAAGCCAAAAAAAAACAAAACACAGGAAAAAAAGAACAGUAUGUGGCUGUGGUAAAAUUUAAAUCAGAGAAUAGACACCCAUGCCAGCAAAACACAGCCAGGCAAAUGCUGGCAUAAAAGUGUGGGCAGUUGGUUCUUAAAAAGAUCAAAACUUCACCUCUUAGGAAAAAAAGAAAAGAAAAGAAAAAAAUAAUAAUUAAGGGGCAGCUUUGGCAUGAAAAUUCAAGAUGUGGUAACCAAGAAAACUUAGAAACUGGGGGAAAAAGGAGAUCAAGUGGAUGUUGUCUCUGUCACAUUCUGAAAUAGUUCCUCUUUUUUAAGGUUCAUGAUAUGCAAAUGCCAGCUUCUGGAUUAUAGCUGCAGUGAUGUACCAAAUGUUUCCUAGCAUAUCCUAUUGUGAGCAGAAAUAUCGGUGUCGUCAAGGAAAAAAGUGUGUAAAUAUGACUCAUAAAUGAUUUCUGAGAGAUGUGAUUUAUUUUUCAUAUUUUUCAAGAUGCAUUCCAUUUCAAAUAAAGAGUUAUCUAUUGAAAGAGCU